GAAUAAUUUCCAACGGUGGGAUUUUAUCUUCUCCCCAAUCUGCCGGUUCAUCGUUUUCUUGCUUUAUUUGAAGUUGCGCAAUCGGCAAUUUCGAUCAAGCGACCUUUUUCAGGGAUUUACGGUAUUGUCAAAUCAUUAGCCCAUAGCACCAACAAGCUAAUAUUCGUGCCACAAAUACCAACACGAAUUACAACAGGAUUUAACAGCUGUACCGGCAAAAAAAUACUCUAUCAAGAUGGACUCCAAAGCUGGGUUUUCUAGCAUACCGCCCUUCGAGGCCACAGCCCUCGAGAGCAUCCCGUCAACAUGUGACACGGUGCUCAAGAUGUUCGAGUCCCACAAGACCAAGAACCUGGAGUGGCGCAAAGUCCAGCUCCGCAAGCUGUACUGGGCCAUCGAGGACUACACGCCAAUGAUCAUUGAGGCCAUGCAGCGCGAUUUUGGAAAGCCGGCAUACGAGGUUCUGCUCAGUGAGGUUUCCUUUGUCAAGAACGACUGCAUGUUUAUGCUCAGCAAUAUGGACUCCUUCGCCAAGGAUGAGUACCUCGGCAGCCCACACGUGCCGUUUGCGUUUCGCAUCAAUCAAAUCAGGACGCGCAAGGAGCCGCUCGGAUCCGUCCUCAUCAUCGCACCGUAUAACUACCCUUUCAUGCUGCUUCUAUCCCCCUUGGUGGGAGCCAUUGCCGCCGGCUGCACGGCCGUGCUGAAACCCUCGGAGCUGGCGCCCUACACGGCCGCCGUGGUCAAGGAGCUGAUCGAGCGCCGCAUGGACCCUUCAGCAUUUGCAGUCGUUAACGGCGCCGUGCCCGAGACGAACGCCCUCCUUGACUGGGCCCAGUGGGAUAAGAUCUUCUACACUGGCAGCACCACCGUCGGCAAGAUCAUCGCCAAGAAGGCCGCCGAGACCCUGACGCCCGUCACGCUGGAGCUGGGCGGCCUCAACCCUGCCUUCAUCACGCGCCACGCUGACCUCUACCUCGCAGCCAAGCGGCUGAUGUGGGCCAAGACGUUCAACGCCGGCCAGGUGUGCCUGUCACAAAACUACAUCUUGGUCGAGCGGCCAGUCCUCGACAGCUUCAUCGCCGAGCUGAACCGCGUGCACAACGAGUUUUUCCCGCGCGGCGCAAGGGACAGCGAGCUGGCCCGCGUCAUCAACGAGAGGCACUGGCUGCGCAUGAAGAAGAUGCUGGAUGAGAGCAGGGGAAAGAUUGUCAUGGGCGGCCAGAUGGAUCAGGAUACGCUCUUCAUGGAGCCGACGGCGGUGCUCGUUGACUCUGCAGACGACUCCAUGGUUGUAGAGGAAUCCUUUGGACCCAUCUUUGCCAUCAUGGCGUUCGAUAAUCUCGAUGCAGCCAUCAAGCUGGCGAACCGCGUCGACAAGACCCCGCUUGCGCUGUACGCAUUCGGCAAGGACCACGAGACGAAUAAAGUAAUCAACGAGAUGACGUCGGGCGGCGCAUCCAUCAACGACUCGUUCGCACACGCACAACUCAACUCGGUCGCCUUUGGCGGCGUCAAGACGUCAGGCCAGGGCGCAUACCGCGGCAAGGCUUCAUUCGACACCUUCUCGCACCACCGCACCGUCGCCAAGACUCCCGGCUGGAUGGAGUCGUUUCUGCGGGUGCGCUACAUGCCGUACAACAUGUCGGAGCUCAAGAAGCUGGCCAUGCUGUCGUCCAAGAGCCCCAACUUUGACCGCCAGGGCAAGGAGGUCAGGGGCCUGGCCUACUGGUCGUCCCUCAUAUUCGGCAUGGGAGCCGCCGGUCCCAAGGGUGCGUUAGUGCGUUGGCUGAUUGUCUUGGUUGCUGCUUACGCAUGGGUGAACAGAGUAGCUAUUACGAACAUCUACCAGCUAGUCAAGCAGCUGGCUGCGAUGCGAUGAGGUUUCCUUUUCUUUUCCUUUUCUUGUAAAGGCGAAAAGCGAGAAAAAGAAAUUUGACGAGAAAAAAAGUAUCCGGCAUUUAUUUUCAUGUCUGUCUCUCUCUCUCUCUCUCUCUCUUUUCUUGAAACUUUACCGGUCGUCAUUCCAGGAUCUACCUGUUCAAGAUGUGGCCGCCGAGGCUCUCAUGUUUCCUUUGUCAUCCCUUCAGUCUUGGUAUGUAACCAGUGUGCCGCCAUUGUAAUAUAAACUCGAUAUCUAGUAAAAGUCUUGUGCGAUUUACGGAACAAACUCACCCCCACAGGUUUGACAAGGAAUUAAAACGCCAGUGCCAUCGAAGCUUGCAUGCCUCGUGAUUGGUACGGGUUACACUACACUCGGGGGAAGCCUCCGGGCCAAUGACUAGCCAUGAAUGCCUCUUGGGCCUCCGAGUGGUGGUGCUGAUUUAGAACCAGGUACCACGAGAAGCAGUUCGACGAAUUAAAGUUACGUUACCAGGGGAAGUCAGGCUCGGGUGAUGGGUGAUGGUUAUAGA